AAGAUAGACCCAACGCAACGAAAACUACAGACUGUGGCGGUCUCGAGACCCGUUUUUAAAGCUGAAGUUCUUUUUACUUGAACUUUUAACUUUUGAAAUUCAAACUGAAAAAUAAUAACAAAUAUAAACGUCUGUCUAGCGCGUGUUUAAAUAGAGUAACUAUUGGAAUACAGCGUAGACGGACACAGAAACGGCCCCUCAGUAGCGCGUGUACAGCCGUAGAUGUAUAUUCCAUACGGAUUGACUAAUGCGAGUAGGUUUCUCAUUCUCAGUAUAUGUUUUUAUUUAUAGAUUUGUUAUUUUUUGCAGAAGGCCAUAUGACGCGUAUCCCGGUAGUACUUGCUCCUGAAAGCAUGCCACCUUGGAUUUCAGUAUGUUUUACAGCAGAAGCGGGUUUCAUUGGCAAAAUCACGCAUUCAUAAUAUGCCGUGUGAAGUGGUAGCUCGGUUCUUGAUACUGUACGGAUCUCAGCGCGGUCAGGCUCAAUCCAUAGCUGAAGAGAUUUGUGAACAAGCAGCUGAGAAUGGACUUACAGCUGACAUCAGUUGUCUGAGUAACGUGGAAAAGUACAACGUGCAAAACGAAACUCGCCCAGUUGUUUUUGUGGUUUCCACAACCGGUGAUGGUGAUCCUCCAGAUACAGCUCAGAAGUUUGUGAAGAAGAUCAAGAAUAAAUCUCUGCCGCGUGACCACCUCUCCCAUCUGCAUUAUGCACUCUUAGCUUUGGGAGACACAAACUAUGCAAAUUUCUGCAACUGUGGAAAGACUAUUGACAGCCGUCUGCAGCAACUUGGUGCAAAACAUUUUUAUGCAACUGGGCAUGCGGAUGAUGGAACUGGACUUGAAGUAGUGGUGGAUCCUUGGAUUGAAGGCCUCUGGGAAGCUCUGAAGAAGAUAUUGGCCAGUAUGUCGACUGUAGAUCAGCAGGCUGCUACCAGCAGUGACUGUACUCAGGACAGUUUUCCAAAACAUGACUCCACCCAGGAAAGGAACAUGUCAGAUCUAGCGGUCGAUCUUCAUCUUUUAAAGCUUAGUGAAGUGGAAAAAGAAAAGGCAGCUAGGUCUGACAGCAGUGAUGCAGAAACUCAGUCUACCACUUUGGCUGCUUCUCUGAAGCAUUCUGUACCACCAUUGUCACAGUCUGUUCUUAAUGUUCCUGCACUGCCACCUACAUAUUUGGAGGUCCUUUUGGAGCAGGUGUCAACUGAAGGGGAAACAGUCCCUGCUGAUAAAGAAGGAUAUUGUGAAGUGCCUGUUUCAAAAGCAGUUCAGUUAACUCGAGGUGAUGUGGUGAAAACUGCCAUCUUACUGGAGCUCGAUAUCUCAGAUCAGGACAUGGCUUAUCAGCCUGGGGACUCCUUUGAUGUUCUCUGCCCAAAUAGAGAAAAUGAAGUUGAAGAGCUGCUUGUGAGACUAGGGCUGCAAAUGCAAAAGAAUAAUGCUGUUCAGCUCCUCCUACUUAAAAACACCACAGCAAAAGUUCCACUUCACAUCCCACAGAACACUUCUUUGCAGUUUAUUCUCACCUGGUGUUUGGAGAUAAGGAGUGUUCCAAAAAAGGCGUUUGUGCGGUCGUUGGCAAACUGCACUCAGAACAGUUCAGAGAAAAGAAGACUUCUGGAGCUCUGUAGCAAAGAAGGCUCAGCAGACUACAACUGCUUUGUUAGGAAUGCCAAUGUGUGUGUGCUGGAUCUCCUCCGGGCCUUUCCUUCCUGCCUACCUCCUCUCAGCCUCCUUUUUGAACAAUUACCAAAGCUUCAGCCCAGAGCCUAUUCUGCUGCCAGCUCCAGCCUUCAACACCCUGGGAAAGUUAAUUUCAUGUUCAAUGUUGUGGAGUUCCCUGCGUGUCCGGAGCAUCCAGCGAGGACAGGGUUGUGCACAGGCUGGUUGGCUGAUCAUGUCUCCACAAUCUUGCUGCCCCUCGAGACGAAACUGGCUUCAGAGUGUCUUGGCACAUCAGCCCAGCCGAAGGUAUAUGUGAGGCCUCAUCCCAGCAGCAUCUUCCACUUGCCUGCCGACCCCUCUCUUCCCAUAGUGAUGGUGGGACCUGGGACAGGCGUAGCACCCUUUAUUGGCUUUCUCCAGCAAAGAGAGAAGGAGCGGGAGGAAAACAAAGAAACCACUUUUGGAGAGACAUGGCUCUUUUUUGGCUGCCGCCACAAAGACAAAGACUUUCUUUUCAGAGAUGAGUUGGAGAAUUUUGUGCAUAAUGGAACCCUGAGCCAUCUGAUUGUGUGCUUCUCCCGAGAUGAGCCUGAUGCUGUUAACAGACCAAGAUAUGUCCAGCAUAAUUUGCUGCUUCAUGCUAAAAAUGUUGCCAGAAUCCUCCUUAAAGACAAAGGCUGUCUUUACGUAUGUGGGGAUGGAAAGAACAUGGCAAAGGAUGUGAAUGACACUCUACUGGAGAUCAUAGGGAAUGAACUUCAGCUGGAUAAACUGGAAUGUAUGAAGACAGUAGCAGGACUUCGUGAGGAGAAGCGAUAUCUACAGGACAUCUGGAGCUGAGAGCACGCACGCGCACACACACACACAAAGAGCAUCAUUUUCACAGACACAGAUGUGCCAGCUACUUUUCUGCCGUUUGAUUUAAGAUGUGCACCACAGGUGCCAUUGAGUGAUAGCUGAACUCAUUAUCUAACAGCUUUUCAACAAAAAAAAAAAUUAAAAGGUCUCGAGGGUAUUCACAUUCUUUCAAGUAUUUUAAAGGCUUUUAGAGAAUUAUCUGAGUGUACUGUCAAACGCACUGAGAUUAGCUGUGUUUAGUCAAAGCGUUUUAUCUGCCUAUUAUGCGAUUAUUAAAUGGAGCCCCACGUCACCAUUUCAUUAUUUGAGAGACUUUUUAGUAUGUUUCAAAUACAGUUUUCAGGUAAAAAAAGAAAAAAGUAAAAUAUGCAUAUUAAUGCAUAAAACUCGUAAGGCAGAAGACGGUUUACCAAACUGCACAGUCUGAAGCACUGCCUGCUAGAUACAAGAAACAGAAACAUGACAGACUGGAUGAGAAAACUGUCAGAAGCUGCCAAAUUAAAGAUUAUCUUCAGCA